AUGUAUAAAAAUUUAAUAUUAAAUACGCAAGUGUUAGUAGCAUCCUCAACUAAAACGUCGCCAUCGUCAUCUUCUUCGAAGUCUACUCCACACAAACGGAAUAAUUAUAAAAUGGUUAAAUGUAAAACAGGAUUAUGGAUCUUCAUCAUGCUUUUAUUCUCAAUAGGAUAUUGUAGUGGAAAUGUUCGUGUUGAGUUGAAAAUGCCAAGAUAUGUUGAAAAAGGUCAAAGUGCAACGUUACAUUGUGUACAUAGUGCUGAUCCACAAAUGGUAUAUAAAGUUGAAUGGAGAAAAAAUGGAAAUAAAAUAUUUCAAUAUAUCAAAGAACGAAAUCCACCAUAUGUGAAUUAUACAAUAACUGGAGCCAAGUUAGAUUGGGAAAAUUCCAAUGAUAAACAAAUCAAAUUAACUGGUUUAGAUUUCACGGCAUCUGGACCAUAUACAUGUAUUGUUUCACUGGAAACACCAUUAAUAUUCACUAAAGAAUCUCAACACCAAGAGCUUGAAGUAAUAUUGCCUCAAACUUCAGAUCCAAAGAUAACAUUUGAAAAAGAAGUGUACAAUGUUGGUGAAACAUUAGUAGCAAAUUGCACUACAUCUGUUGCACGUCCACCACCACAUAUUACGUGGUUAAUCAACGAUCAAAAAGUUAAUGAAGCGCUGGUCAAAUCAUUUACAAAUGUGCAUAGAAAUGGUGUACGAAAUGGUUUAAGGGUGGUCACAGCCACUAAUGAACAUAUACGGGGUGGACAUUCACAUCAUCAUCAUAUCGAUGCGUCCGUUAGUCAAUUAAGUGUUGAGGUAUCAGAAUUACAUGCUGGAGACUCUGGAAAACUAGAAUUGACAUGUGUAGCCACAAUACCAGGUUAUUUAGGUCAUGGUGAAAAGUAUGCCGAUAUUCGUACUCACACGGUUACUAUUGACGUCGCAAUGAUUGAUGUAAUAUCCUCAUCAGAAAUGUCAAACACAGCCAGCAACUCAACAGGAAGCAUGAUUAAAUCUUCAACAGUCUUAACAACAUCGAUGGUCCUGAUGUUAAAAAUAUAUUUAGGUUUUAAAAUUAAAUAAUUUUAAUUAAAUUUAUUAACUUCUAGCCCAUAUUU